AUGGGUUGGGAAGGCUGUGGACGGACUUUGAUAUUAAGUGGCUGGCAGCUGCACACACACACACACACACACGUAAGGAAGAAAGGUGAACUCUUUGCAUUCCUUAUUUUUUUUUUUUUUUUUUCUUGGAUGGAUUGCUCUCUCACACACGUGCCUACUAUAGACAAGGGAACGGCUGUGAGGCGGGAGCGAGAUCUCCGCCUUCUGUCCCCGGCUGAAAAAGAAGACCGAGUCAGACGACGGAAAACAAAAAGGAAGGAAAGAAGGCGAGCAAAUAUGCCACCGGGCAGGGAGGAACGUCUGAAGGCCUACACUACCGCGCUUGGCACGAAGGCGUACAUCCUUCACAGCACGCCUUUUGACGGCAGUUAUGAUGGGAAUACCGAUGGGGAGAAGGAGGAUGUACCUGCUGGCGGAAUGAAAUGCCGUUCUUCGGCUUCACUAGGGCCGUGUCGCAACUUCACCCUACGCAAACCAAAGUUGCAUGGAAAGGAUGUUCUGCCACCAGCCGCACAGCGCGCCUUCUUGGGGGUAAAAAGAAAGAAGGCCGAUGAUGCCCAUUUUAGAUCACCAUCAAAGAACAAGAGUAACAGUGCCAACACAAGCUACCCUUCCUUAAGCGCCGAUUUUGCACGUUUUUUGCCCACAACAGUGGUAGUGCCUCCGCUGUCGACUUCUGUUUUGCCAGCUGACGCCCGUCCUGCAUCAGUUAGAGCCGCCCCUGAUGCAGGACGGGCGUCAUUGGGGGCGGCUGAAGUGACUGUUCCUUCAUUAUUGACGGAAAAUAUUGCAUCUGCUCUUCGAGCCCCAGAGAAGUUUAAUUCUGCCGAUAUUCCACUGCUUUCAUUUGCGUCGUCACCACACAUUAAUUAUGGACGUGUUGCGGAUUCUUUUUUUUGCUCAGCUGACGAUCACCAAGAAAUGGUGGGCAAUGGUUUUGUGUACUGUCCGCAAUGUGGGGUCAAACUGCGCCACGGGGCCCAGGUGGAUUACUUGCCAGCCGACUGUCCAGUCCGUCACGAGCGGGAAAUUGGCGAGAAUGAGGAGGGCAGCAACUAUUGUUUUCUCUGUGGCGCCUCCAUGGGCGUUUGUCCCAUGCCACCGCAUGAAUUGAGAGAGGAAAAUUCGAAGGAGGGAAACACCCUUGGGGGUUGCUGGAACCGGCAGCUGGCGGAGACCGGAAUGCCAAAGGCAGCCUUUUUGGGGCCGACCAACACGAUGUUCGAGGGAAUUCAAGCAGUGAAAAUGCCUUCUGUUCCCACGUCUGCUGCGACCACAUCCACAACCGCAGCUAAUUUCGGUGAAAGGAAGGGCGACGAGAGGGCGAUUUUCAGGACAGAAAAGUUACUCGAGUCAAUGCCUGUUGACACGACAGAAGCGAAAGCCAAGAAGAACGCGGAGUGGGGCGGCCCUGCAGCGGGAUCUCUCCCUGUGGUGACGCCACCCCCUAUUCCUUUGGUGACGGCGGCAGCGACAAGCAGUAAAACAGCUGGUAAAUCUAUGGGUUCCUCUCCUCGGCAUUCGGAAGGAAAAAACCAAGAGAAGUCCACUCAGGCGUCAGGUCCAACGUAUGCCUCUUUAUUUGACGGUGGAGAAGAGACGAAGAUGUCUUUUUUAACCCCACAGGAGGGAAUGCUGUACACUGUCGGUGUGCCCGGUGUUUCAUGUGGCCUUCCACACUGCGCCCUGUGCGAGCCGUUUGUGAAACCACCGCUUCCGUCUGUCGUGUCGACGCAAACCCAUUUUUUAAGAGAUGAGGCGGGGCGGCGUGACGGGGCUAAUGUUUGUGUUGUACAUAAUCACUAUUAUCAAAGUAUUUCACCUCAUCUCGUUUAG